AUGGUCGGACCACCGCCACUCCAGGGACUCAAGGUCCUGGAAUUUGCUGGGCUCGCUCCUGGACCUUUUGCCGGUUUGCUUCUCGCUGACGCCGGCGCCAAUGUACUUCGCGUAGAUCGUCAUACACCUAGCUCUCCAGCUGUGUCGACAGGCGAUCUGCUCACAAGACACAAAUCUUCUAUAGCCAUCAAUCUGAAGUCGCCAGAUGGUGUUGACGUUAUUAAAAAAUUAGCUAAGAGUGCCGACGUCAUAAUCGAUCCUUUCCGCCCGGGAGUGCUGGAAAAGCUCGGCAUUGGUCCGGAAGUCUUGCGCGCCAUCAACCCCCGUCUGAUAUACGGCCGUAUGACAGGCUUCCGCCGAGAUGGUCGAUACGCAUCGAUGGCCGGCCACGACAUCAAUUACCUUGCCGUGUCCGGGGUACUUUCCCGACUAGGCAGAAGUGGCGAUAAACCGCACCCGCCUACCAAUAUCCUGGGAGAUUUUGCAGGAGGAGGUGCUACAUUAUUCCAAGGUAUUCUUCUUGCCGUCAUAGCUAGAGAGAAAACAGGAGAAGGUCAAGUCGUCGAGGCAAACAUGGUAGACGGUGCCAAUUAUUUGGCGACCUUUACUCGACAAAGUUUGAAAACCCCGAUGGGUGACCAUCCGCGUGGGCAGAACCUACUAGAUGGGGGCUGCCCAUAUUACGAUACGUAUGAAACCAAGGAUGGUAAGUAUGUGGCCGUGGGAGCUCUAGAGCCACAAUUUUAUGCAGCCCUUCUCAAAGGUUUAGCGUUAAGUAACCGGAACUGGGAAGGUCGGCGGCUUGACCGAGAGUUCUGGCCGGAAAUGAGACGGACAUUCGAGACCAUUUUUAAGUCCAGAACACGCUCGGAGUGGGAAGAGAUCUUCGACGGCACUGACGCAUGCUGCACUCCUAUUCUAGAAUAUUCCGAGUUAGAAGCGGACGUCAGCCGCGAGGGCGACCAACGUCCAGCGGUGACGUUACGCGAAACGCCCUGUUUAGCAGUUGGCGGGAAGGGUGUCGAUCCAAGUGUCCAUGGUCAAGGUCCCGGAGUUCCCGGAGAUGGUUACGUUGGUCAGCUUCUGUCUCCGGGCCAAGGUGGCGAGCACGCUUUGAGCAAUUGGUUUGGCUGGACGAAGGGAAAAGACUUUGAUAUUAAAAAUGGAGGCGUCGUGUUGAAGCCUAAGUCGAAUUUAUAG